AUGCCUCUAAGAAGAGCACCUAUAAAAACAGGGAUCAAUGCUAAGGGAGACCAAGCUCCUCCGUUCCCACAAGCAAAUGGUCCCCUACCCGACCAAAGUAAGGGAUUUCGCAAGGAUGAAUUCCAUGGUUCUACAGUUCAUAAAGAUCCUCAAGAGUUCAUUGCUGAGGUGUAUAAGAUAGUGGAUAUUAUGGGGGUGACUUCGAAAGAAAGAGUGGAGUUGGCAGCCUACCAACUCAAGGGUAGUGCCCAAGUAUGGUACAACCAAUGGAAGUCUGAGAGAGUUGAUGAGGGUUCUAUUGGUUGGGAAGCCUUCAAGCUUGCCUUUCUUGAUCGUUUCUUCCCACUUGAGCUAAGGGAGGCAAAGGUGUUGGAGUUCAUAAAUCUAAAACAAGGCAAUAUUGGUAAGAGGGAUUAUGCCCUCAAUUUUACUAAGCAAUCCAAGUGUGCUGCUUCAUUGGUUGCCGAUCCACGUGCUCGAAUGAGCUAA